UCCUUCUACGGAAGAACUUUAUUCAGAGCUAUCAGUUGGUUCCUCUUCUCAGUCAGAUGCAUGAUAUGCUCAGUGUGCUAAAACCAUGUAUUUCAGCUUUCACAACUAAGUGCUCUUUGAAUACGCUGCUCCAAGUUUUCUUCUUCAGCUUUAUCCUUUCCUGCCAGUCCAAGUGUUACAACUGAACAAGAAUAAUUGAAAUCAAUAUGCAAAUGUCUGAACAAGUGAAGUUAGAUUACUUGGUGGUACUGCAAUUGUGGAAGAUCUUUCUUCAUGAUAUUGAAAUUUGGAGUAAUCAUCAAUGUCACCUCAGAUGACUAAAGUGCUGGAUCUGUUUUAAGUGGUGCAUCAUAAUGUGUAAUCAUAUAUUGGUAUCCCUCUUGCAUUAGUCUUAUUGGCACUUCUGUUUUAUGGAAUAUGAGGUUUUCCUGGACUCUGCUACUUAUUGCUAAUUGAAUAAUCAUAUGGCUCAAGUUUUUGGGAGACCUGAUCAUAGAGAAUUUAGAGGCAGGCCUGAGAGAAGAAGCCCACCCCAUCGAAGGUAUUCCGCUGACAGAGGUACCAGGGGCAAUCUAUUUCGUGACCAGAGGCCAAAUUCUCGAGACAGGGGAUCCAGCCACUCAAGAUCUCCCAUCAGGAAGAGUGAGAGAAGGCAUAAUAAGAAGAAAGUUGAUGAUGACAAAUCUGAUUCAGCAGGCAGUUUGAACUCCUCUGAUAAUGAAGAUAGAAAAAAAGAUGACAGACACUCCAGCGGUAAUGAGAAAGAUGAUAUUGAAGCACAGCUGAAACAAAUUGCACUGGAUAUGAAAGCAUUACAUGAAGAUAAAUCUAAAGUGCAGAUGAUAUUGGACCAGAAGAUUGACGAAGCAGGCAUACUGUCUACCAAAGUAGAUCAUCUUGAAUUGCAGUUGAAUAAAGAGAAACAAGAUUGCGAAAGGAUGGCCUCCAAAAUAAAGAAACUCGUCAAAGCACAUGGGCGUUACUUGAAAGCACAGGAGGAUUUAAAAAGGUCGCAAGGACGUUUUGAGAGGUUGGCUGAUUCACUUGCUUCUGAUUCCUUGAAGUCUGGUACCAAAGAGCAAGGUUACAGUGUGAAUGCUGAUAAUGAUGACCCAUAUUAUGAUUAUGAAAUGAGCCCAUAUGAUCAGAGACAGAAGCAUGGUUUAACAGCUGGGAAAAGGUCUACUGCCCUUUCAGCAAGUGAAGAAGAUAAAUCAGGGAAGAAAAGGAGAGUGAAUGGUGAUGAUAUGAUCCAUAUGUCAGGGAAAUAUAUACCAGAAGAUGCUCUAGAGUCUUUCAAAAACAGCAAUGGAACUGAUACACCAAAAUCAUUAUCUAUGAAGAAAUUAGGGGAAGGUGACAAUAAUGACGAAAGAAAUGUCAUUUCUUCUCACAAUGAUUUUGCAGACAGGUACAAUGGCAAUGGGGAGGAGGAUCACGUCGACGUGUAGAUUCCCGUGGUGGUUGACAGAUUUCAACAGCAAAGUGUAACUUGAAAUGGAGGAAAACAUGGUGCUUUUGAAACCAGGGCUUGUUAUAUCAUCUUCAGUUCUUUAUACAUCGGGCAGUAGAAGUUCAGCACCCUGUUAACUUUCUUCUGCAGCAGUAACUUAUGUGAAGACGGGCUGAAGUAUUGAGAAACAGAUUAUGCUCAUGUGAAGUUUUCGUCUUAAUAUCGCCGAGCUCUUGGAAGUUACUACUACCUGAGCUUGUUUAUGACAGGCCUUCCUAGUAUCGGUUGAGGUUUUGACAUCCCUGUUAUACUGCUGCCUGCUAUUUAAAGGCUUGUUUGUGCCUAUGUAGGUGACGUUGCACCAUAUGUCACUAAAUUUGGGAUGUCUGCCAGUUUGGUCCCUGAACUUGUGGGUUACACAUUUAGGCCUCUUUAUUACUGAACUUGUAUAGUAGGCCAUCAGAAUCUGAAUCCUACUUUAUUGGUAAAUUAGGAACAUAACAAUUGAGCUUCACAUUUUUACCAUUGCGAUCUAAAUUAUACUAUUGCAGGAGUGAUACCUUUUGUGGUUGCCGCUUA